AUGGAUCCGGAGCCAAGAGGUCCCAGAGGAGGCAAAAUGAUUGAGACUCAGCGAAGCAACAACUCCAAAGACAUAUUGAUAGAUUUCAAACGGACCAGAAGGAGAGAGGAGCGGCCCAGAUCUUUGCCCGUCUGGGACUCCACCAUCAGCUACCAGAGCUCCAGAGAUUCCUUUGAGAGACUGGCGACGGCUGGAACGUCCCAACAGAGAGGGGGUGAAAGGUUUAAGACUCAGGGAAGCAACGACUCCAAAGACAUAUUGAUAGAUUUUAAACGGACCAGAAAGAGAGAAGAGAGGCCCAGAUCUUUGCCUGUUUGGGACUCCACCAUGAGCCACCAGAGCUCCAGGAACUCCUCAGAGAGACUGGAGACGGAUGGAGCGAGAGGAGGCGAAAGGUUUGAGACUCACCGAAGCAACGACUCCAAAGACAUAAUGACAGAUUUCAAACGGUUGGUGAAAGAGGACCGGCCCAGAUCUUUGCCCGUCUGGGACUCCAUCAUGAGCCAUCACUCCAGGGACUCCUUAGAGAGACUGGAGACGGAUGGAACGUCCCAACAGAGAGGAGGUGAAAGGUUUGAGACUCACCGAAGCAACGACUCCAAAGACAUAGUGACAGAUUUCAAACGAACCAGAAGGAGAGAGGACCGGCCCAGAUCUUUGCCCAUCUGGGACUCCACCAUCAGCCACCAGAGCUCCAGAGAUUCCUUUGAGAGACUGGCGACGGCUGGAACGUCCCAACAGAGAGUAAAAGAUCCCUGUCCUCCACAACGCAGAGCAGACAAGGCACAAAUAUUUGAGCGGCUGGAAGAGCAGGUGGUCUCGUUCGCGCGGGCCGAGCUGCAGAGGUUCUGCGACGUCCUGGAUGAGGGCGCCCCCGUGCACCUGCAAGACGGGGACGAGCAGAAGCAGAGGAGCAGUGAGGCCAUGCUGAAGAUCUCACAGUACUUCCUGCGAGCCAUGGGCCAAGAGGCGCUGGCCCAACAACUGCACGACCAGAUCCACUAUCCCGAAGUCUGCCGGAUCAAACUCAAGAGCAGCCUGAAGCGCCGGUGUGGCCGUGUGUACGAGGGCAUCGCCAAAGCCGGCAGGUCCUCCCCCCUACGGGACGUCUACACCGACCUCCACGUCACCGAGCCCCACUCUGAGGACUCCAAAAGCAUUCCGCUCCCCCUGCUGUUUGACCCACGCAGCAGCACCAGGACUGUGAUGACCCAGGGUGAGGCGGGGGCGGGGAAAAGCCUGCUGACCCAGAAGUUCUGCCUGGACUGGGCUGAGGGCAGAGCGGCAAGGGACAUCCAGCUUCUCUUCCCCUUCACCUUCAGAGAGCUCAACGUUCUCAGAGACGCUCGCUUCAGCCUGGUGACCCUGCUCCACCACUUCUUCAGCGAAACCAAGAAGACACGCCUCCGCAGCUUUGAUAGCUUGAAUGUGGUCUUCAUCUUGGACGGACUGGACGAGAGCCUGAUCCCGCUGGACUUUUCCGAGAGUCCAGCGAUUUCGGACGUGGAGGAGAGCGCCUCUCUGGGCGAGCUCCUGGUGAACCUGCUGCGGGGCGACCUGCUCCCCUGGGCCCGAGUCUGGCUGAUCGGCAGACCCGCGGCGGCCGGCAGGAUCCCCGCCCGCUGCGUCUCCAUGAUGACGGAGGUGCGGGGGUUCAGCGAGGAGCAGAGGGAGGCGUACUUCAGGGUGAGGUUCAGGAGCCCGGUCCAGGCCAGUGCCGUCCUGUCUCACAUCCGGAGCAGCCCGAGCCUCUACGGCCUCUGUCGGCUGCCUCUGUUCAGCUGGAUCCUGGCCACCGUCCUCCUGCACGUGCUCCGGACAGGUCUCUGCUCCUCUGUCAUCUCAGCAUCACAUUCUCUGGCUCACCUCCUCUGCCUCACCUCUGCAUCAUCUCCUCUGCCUCACCUUCUCUGCCUCACCUCCUCUGCCUCACCUCCUUUGCCUCACCACCUAUGUCUCACCUCCUCUGCCUCACCUCUGCAUCAUCUCCUCUGGUGUAUCCCAAGCUGA